CCGACGGAAGUGUAGUGUAGAGAGGCGCCCUGACGGCGCCGGCUUGGUACGGCUGGCGGUUGGCCGGGCCAGGCGGUAAGGCCGCCUCUCCGGGUUUUUUUGACACCCAGGCUGAUCCGCCUUUCCACCCCGCCGGGUGCUCAGGCACCCACCGUAUGCCCGCCGAGCCUUCUGCACCCCGCCCCCCACCCAGGGUUCCGGCCCCCGGGGAAAGCCCUGGCCUCGUCCACCCGCCGGGACCGUAGCCUGGGAAAGCCUUUCUGUUCGGUGGGCAGCGUGGGCACCUCAGGGAUUAGGGAUAGGAACGGGGAUCCAAGGCUCCUGCCUUAUUCUUCCCAAUUAAGCUUUUCCUUCUGGAGUCGUAUAACCCCUUUCACCCUGCGGUCCAGCCUUCUAGAACCAUGCCCCCGGCAGCUCUGGGUGCCACCUGUUGCACCGGGCGCACGCCGCUGCACAGGACGGGAUGCCGUUUGGAUUCUCCGUGAAUGUUGGGAGGAGGAAUGCCCGAGCUGCCGAUUGAAAAUUAUCCAAACCAGAAAUAUGUAGGCUGGGGACCCUGAAUCACCCCCAGGAUGGACUUCCUGGUUCUCUUCUUGUUCUACCUGGCUCUGGUGCUGAUUGGUGUUGUUACGAUAUGCAUCUGCUCAAAAACCCAUUACCUGAGAGGCCUGGUCAGAGGAGGAGCCCAGGUAAUUUCCCAUAUAAUUCCAGAAUGCCUUCAGAGAGCUAUGCGAAAAGUGCUUCAUUACCUCUUCCACACACGAAACCACACCUUCAUUAUGCUGCACCUCCUCUUGCAAGGGCUGGUCUAUGCUGAAUACACCUGGGAAGUAUUUGGCUACUGUCAGGAGCUGGGGUUCUCCCUGCAUUACCUUCUCCUGCCCUACCUGCUGCUGGUUAUAAACCUGGUGUUUUUCACGCUCAGCUGCGUAAGCAACCCUGGCACUAUAACAAAAGCAAACGAGUUCUCGUUACUUCAAGUUUAUGAAUUCGAUGAAGUGAUGUUCCCAAAGAAUAUGAAGUGCUUCACUUGCAAUGUGAGGAAACCAGCACGAUCCAAGCACUGCCGUGUGUGUAACAGGUGUGUGCACCGUUUUGACCAUCACUGUGUUUGGGUGAACAACUGUAUCGGGGCCUGGAACGCCAGGUACUUCCUCAUCUACCUCUUGACGUUGACGGCCUCAGCUGCCACCAUGGCCGUUGUGAGCACCGUGUUUCUGGUCCAGUUGGUGGUGGUGUCGGACUUGUAUCUGGAGACUUACGUUGAUGACCUUGGACACUUGCAGGUUAUUGACAUUGUCUUUCUUAUUCAGAGAGAGAGAGACAGAGAGGCGGAGCUUGAGUUGGGGAGGGGCAGAGAGACGGAGACAGAAUCCAAAGCAGGCUCCAGGCUCCAAGCUGCAAGCUGUCAGCACAGAACCCGAUGCGGGGCCCAAACUCACAAGCAGCGGGACCAUGACCUGAGCUGAAGUCUGAUGCCCAAUUAACUGAGCCACCCAGGCGCCCUGAGAGGCUCAUCUUUAAAUUGAGUUGUCUUUCAUUCUUGUGUUGUAAGAAUCCUUUCUAUAUUCUGUACACUUGACCCUUAUCAGAUAUACGAUUUGCAAUGAUUUCUCCGAUUCUGUGGGUUGUCUUUUUGUGUUUUUGAUAGUUUUCUCUGAAAUACAAAAGUUUUACAUUUUGAUUUUAAGUUGAUUUUUUUCUUUUAUUGCUUGUGCUUUUUGGUGUCAUAUGUAGGAAUCCAUCACCUAAUCCAAGGUCAUGAAGAUUUAUUUACACUUACGUAUUCUUCUAAGUGUUUUUGUAGUUUUGGCUCUUACAGGUUAGGCCUCUGGUCAUUUUGAGUUAAAUUUCGCACAUGCCGUAGGGUAGGGUUCCAACUUCAUACUUUUAGUAUGUGGGUAUCCAGUUGUCCCAGCAUCCUUUUUUUGAGAAGACUGUUUUUUGCUCAUUGAAUUGUUUUGGCACUUUGUCAAAAAUUAAUUUACAAUAAUGUAGGGUUCUUAUAAAACUCAUUUGAUGGCUAAAAGAUUUCUACUGCAUUUAUGGGAAGUAGCUUGUGAGCAGUCACUGUUUUAGGUAACUGGUUAAUUCUUCUUGGUUUUUUUUCCUUUUGUUCAAAGAAAAUGAACAAGUGGAAUGUAUUCCAUAAAUGCAAGGUUGGUUCAAUGUUAGGAAAUUGAUUAGUAUUUUAUUCGGCAUUAUUAAAUAUAAAGAACAAUAGCAUGGUCA